AUGACGCCGAACUUCAUACUUGUAGACGAAAGUCCUCCCUACAGUUGCAGGAUAUACCUAUUCCUCUGUCUGAUACAACUAUCGUCUUCGCUAUUAUCAUUAUUAUUAUCAUUAGUAAUAUCGACAUUUUUGUUUUCGUUUUUACUUCAGUUGGGAAAGAUCACUGCACUUGAAGAACAGUUGUCUGCUCAUCUGUCAAAGUGUACACCUUGUUCACCGUGUACACAACGAUCUAUAGGCUGUCAGAUAUCGCCAAAAUCGAAACCUUCAGUUACUCUGUCAUCAAGUCGAAAGCAUUCAGUCACUUUAUCGCCUGACAUGAAUGAUGUCUCUUCUUCUUCUUCUUCUUCAAGAAGUAGUGUCAGCAAAUCCUUUAAUGGCACAAUACAAUGUCUUCAAACAGCAUCCAAUUCAGUGGACAAUGAUACAUCAAAAAUUUCUAACAAACUGGAGGUUAAUAAAUGUCAGGCUGUCAACUCGCUUUCCUCUCAAAGGUAA